AUGUCGCGUCCAGAAGACAUCUUGCCUCCCGAUCUGUUCUAUAAUGACAAUGAAUCACGAAAAUACACAACAUCUUCUCGAAUCCGCAAUAUCCAGGCCGACAUGACCCACAGAGCCCUGGAACUUCUCGACUUGAACACACCUUCACUCAUUCUCGAUCUGGGCUGCGGGUCCGGUCUUUCGGGCGAGAUUCUUUCCAGCGUACCUCCUGAAGAGGGCGGCCCACAUACAUGGAUUGGCAUGGACAUAUCGCCCAGCAUGCUGGACAUUGCUCUACAGCGGGAGGUCGAGGGGGACCUGUUCCUCGCUGAUAUCGGCCAGGGCGUACCGUUCCGACCGGGUACCUUUGACGCGGCAAUCAGUAUUAGUGCCAUCCAGUGGCUUUGCAACGCAGAGACAAGCGACGUAAGCCCCGAUGGCAGACUGCGCCGGUUUUUCGAGGGUCUGUACGCAAGUCUCCGUAAGGGAGGCCGCGCAGUCUGUCAGUUUUACCCAAAGAACGACGCCCAGCGCAGCAUGAUUAGCGGGGCAGCUGUCAGAGCUGGAUUCGGUGCUGGUAUUCUCGAAGACGAUCCAGGUACUAAGAAUGGCAAAACAUAUCUUGUGCUAACUGUUGGUGGUGGGGGUCUAAAUGGAGACAUCACCGGUGUCGUUGGGGGAAUGGAUGGCGUUGAUAUUGUCGACUCGCGAAGGCGAGAAAACGCUGCUGGUCACUCCGGCUCCUCACAAGACAAGAAAGGGAGCAGGGCAUGGAUUAUGAGGAAAAAGGAGCAGAUGGAGAGAAAGGGCAAAAUCGUCAAGCAAAACUCCAAAUACACUGGAAGGAAAAGACGCGUGGCUUUUUGA